AUUUUUUUAAUUUUUUUUCAGAUGAAACUCAUCCUUUACACGAGAAUGAAGACAUUGCCUUAAGAACACGUUAUAAUUCUGCUUUACAUAUAAAGUUAUCACGCCAUCUAACCGAAUAAAAUUUAAUCUGCUUAACUAUGUUUAAAUUGUCAGAACUCGUUCGUUGGCUCGGCCUAACUGAAUUUGAAAUAUUGGUUAACCUAUGCGGAAUGCUUACAUUUACAAUCAUACUCGCAUUGAAAAUAUCUGGAACGUAUUCAAAUUCUGUAAUCGAUUGGUUUACUGCAUUUAGUCCCUUAUUUUGUAUAGAAAUUUUUAAUGCGUAUUUUUGUGUGAUCGUGGGCAUUCGAAUGUAUUUGGAUUCCGAUAACAAGYGAAAAGCACUCCACAGAGUUAUGUGGAGUACAUACUUCCUGGUACUUAUAUCAAUAUUUAAAUAUUUGUUGUGUUUAAAAUUAUCUGGGCAAACUGCUUUUUUAAGAUCCUUGCGCUUGGAGGACUGGUUCUUUACGACAGUCCUUUCCAAAGUGAUCAGCUUCUCCGCAUUUAAUGCAGCAUUUGCUACUAUCUUCAGGAUUGUACAUGUUUUUGCGACAUGCCCGAAAUCGAAGCAUCAAUAA